AUGGAUAUUGCUGCCCAGGAUGUUCAGAAUAGAAACGAUACAAAUGAUAAAAGCAUCAACAACAACAACGACUACUACAAUGACGACGACAACAACAACAACAACUGCUCAGACACAGUCAACAUUUCACAACAACAACAACAACUGCUCCGACACAGUCAACAUUCACAAAAACAGCAACAACUGCUCCGACACAGUCAACAUUCACAACAACAACAAACAACAACAAAAACAACAACCGCUCCGACACAGUCAACAUUCACACAACAAACAACAACAACAACAACUGCUCCGACACAGUCAACAUUCACAACAUCAACAACAACUGCUCCGACACAGGCAACAUUCACAACAACAACAACAACAACAACAACGACUACUCCGACACAGUCAACAUUCACAACAACAACAACUGCUCCGACACAGUCAACAUUCACAACACAACAACAACUACUCCGACACAGUAAACAUUCACAACAACAAUAUCAACAACUGCUUCGACACAGUCAACAUUCACAACAACAACAACAACUGCUCCGACACAGUCAAAACAUUCAACAACAACAACAACUGAUCCGACACAGUCAACAUUCACAACAACAAACAACAACAACUGCUCCGACACAGUCAACAUUCACAAAACAAACAACAACUGCUCGACAACAGUCAACAUUCACAACAGUCAACAUUCACAACAACAACAACAACUGCUCCGACACAAUCAACAUUCACAACAACAACAACAACUGCUCCGAACACAGUCAACAUUCACAACAACAACAACAACUGCUCCGACACAGUCAACCUGCACAACAACAACUGCUCGACACAGUCAACAUCAUAAAGAGUCCCAAACAAGUAUAG